GGGAAUAAAAUCAGCAGUGUUGAUAUUACAAAAUGACAAAACAUCCUCCGAAUAGAAGAGGGAUCAACUUUGAGGUGGGAGCCCAGUUGGAAGCCCGUGACAGAUUAAAAAACUGGUAUCCAGCUCACAUUGAAGAAAUUGAUUAUGAAGAAGGAAAAGUACUUAUCCAUUUCAAACGCUGGAACCAUAGAUAUGAUGAAUGGUUCUGUUGGGACAGUCCUUAUUUGCGUCCCUUAGAGAAGAUCCAGUUAAGAAAAGAAGGAUUGCAUGAGGAAGAAGGUUGUGUGGGAUUUCAUAUAAAUGAUCAGGUAUUGGCAUGCUGGUCUGACUGUCGCUUCUAUCCAGCCAAAGUUACUUCUGUUAACAAAGAUGGUACAUACACUGUUAAGUUUUAUGAUGGUGUAGUUCAGACUGUCAAAAACAUUCAUGUCAAAGCUUUCUCCAAAGAUCAGAAUAUUGUGGGUAAUGCUAAGCCUAAGGAAAGAGGUAAUGAAAUUCCGUCAUCUCCUGAAAAGCGGGAAAAAUUUAAAGAACAGAGGAAAGCAACAGGUAAUGCAAAGAAAGACAAGGAUGAAAAGACAUUAAAGACUGAUAAAAGAAUUAAGCAACCUGAUAAAGAAGGAAAAUUGAUAGUCAUCUCGGAAAAAGGCAAGGUCUCAGAAAAGAAUAUAUCUAAGAAUGGAAAAGAAGAUAAAGAGAAUAUAUCAGAGAAUGAUAUGGAAUAUUCAGUAGAUACACAAAUUGAGAAGAAGCCUGAGAAUGACAAUGUAAAGAGUCCACAGGAAAACGCGAAAGAAACUAAGCGAAAACGUGGAAGACCCCCGAUAACACCUCCGACAGAGCCAAGUUCUCAGACACUGCAGCCCAUAACUUUGGAGUUAAGACAUCGGAAAAUACCUAAAGGAGGUGAAGUUCCAUCAAAGCGUCCCAGGAUUGAAAAAAACUUGUCUCAGGGAAAAUUGAAGAACUCUUCAGAUAACCCUGAAAGAGACCAGAUCAGGAGACGAUCUUCAAGACUCUCAUCCAGUAUUAGCCAUGAGAUUUUAAAUACAGACCAUGUCACAGCUUCAACGGAAAUUCAGCCUUUGAAAGAUGCAGGAUCUAACCAAAAGGAAUCUGAGAGGGUCCAGUUAGAAAUUCCUGUUGAAUCUGACCAAAGUUUCAGUGAACAAGGAUCUCCUGGAAACACAUCACAUAGCACAGCACUCAGUACGGAUGCCAGUCUACAGGAAGAAAAAGUUGAAGACGCUGAGUCUUCCUCUGUUACUGUCAGAACUCCAGAACCUUCUGCCGCUACAGGUUCAAAUUUUGAUUUUAUAUUUUAUAUCAAUGCAUUUCGAAAGGCAGCUGACACCAGAUGUUUCAUGCUUGUACGAGUGUCACUAACAAAAAUUGUGUCUUCUUGCAAAGAUAACCAUGGGGGAAAACACUUAUUUCUCUUCCUUAUGGACUCGGUUUUGAUCUUAUGCUUUGGAGAUUGA